AAAAAAAAAAAAACCAUGAAGUUCAAAUCAAUUUUCAUAGCCCUAAUUAUUUCCCUGAUUAUUUCAAUUUCUAAAUGUAAUCCAUUAUCAACUAAAGGGUUGACCGUUGACCUAAUCCACAGAGACUCUCCUCAAUCUCCUUACUACAAUCCUACUCUAUCUCCGUCUCAACGCCUCGCAAACUCGCUGCGAAGAUCGUUCGAUCGUGUCCGUCGAUUCAAUUGUUCAAAACCGCCGAGAUCGGAUGUAAUCCUCUCGAACGGAGAGUACCUAAUGAAAUACUCGAUUGGCACACCGGCAAUCCCGUCGCUAGCGAUCGCCGACACGGGCAGUGACAUCAUAUGGACGCAGUGCCAGCCGUGCGCGGAAUGCUUCAAGCAAGAACUACCCUUGUUCGAUCCGAAAAAAUCACGCACGUACAAAAACAUCCCUUGCAAUGCCGAUAGCUGCAAAUCUUUCCGAAGAAGUUCUUGCAGCAAUAAUACUACGAAUAAUCAUUGUCUUUAUUCCGAGGUUUACGGCGACCAAUCCUUCACUAAUGGCGACCUCGCAACGGACACUAUUACAUUAGGGUCGAGUGACGGAAAAACGGCGUCGUUUUCGAAUAUUAUAUUCGGGUGUGGAUUUAGAAACGGCGGCGUGUUCGGAGGGGUGGAAUCGGGAAUUGUCGGUCUCGGAGGUGGGAAAGUUUCGCUCGUUAGGCAAUUAGGUCAAGGGAGAUUCUCUUAUUGCUUGGUGUCUAUGUCAGAUAACGAAUCGAAAAAAUCGAGUAAGUUGAACUUCGGACACAACGCUAGGGUUUCGGGUAACGGGGUUGUGACGACACCGUUGGUCAAGAAAGAACCGGACACUUUCUACUAUUUGACUCUGGAAGGAAUCAGCGUCGGGGGUCGACGCCUCGAGUUUCUCAACGCGACGUACCGCGCAGACGGAAACAUCGUCAUCGAUUCGGGGACCACGUUGACUUUGUUCCCUGUCCCUUUCUACAACAGAUUUGAGGAUGCCAUAAGGAGUUUUAUUAAGUUGAAGGAGAUUCAAGAUCCACAAGGGGCGUUGACUUUGUGCUACCACUCGGAAGGGGACAUAAAGAAUAUUCCUGAUGUGACAGUUCACUUCAGAGGGGGUGAUGUGAAGUGGAAGUACGAGAAUCUUUUUGUUAGGACGAGUGACGUGGCGGUGUGUUUGGCGGCGCAACCGGUGAAUCUUGGGUUUUCUGUUUAUGGUAACUUGGCCCACACGAAUUUCUUGGUGGGGUAUGAUCUUGUCAAGCAGACGGUGUCGUUUAAGCCCACUAAUUGUGGCAAAUAUUAGUUUAAUUUUUAAUUUGAUUAAUGUAUGAGUUCCAUCCCAUUAGACUUGGGGGAAUAAUUAAUUAAUUAACUGGAAAUCUAUGUAUUUAAUUAAUUGAAAUGAUAUAAAAUUUCAGUAUAUUGGAAUAUUUUUAUACAAUGCUAUUUUUGUACCAUAAUAUUUGAAGAUUCCUAUCCAUACAUGACAUUUAUAUAGAAUAUAAAAUGGCAAAAAUACAGUUUUCAUCCUUCGAGUGGACACCGAUUU